AUGUAUACGCCUGUGUACGACAGCGAUGUGGCCCAUUUCAGUCCUCAGGGAAGACUAUAUCAGGUCGAAUAUGCCAUGAAAGCAAGCGAACAAGGCAGAACGACAGCUGUAGGAAUACACGGCCCAAAAUACACAGUUUUAGUCGUAAUGAAACCAGAAGGACAUAAAUUGGCAACCAAGAGCACCCCCCAGGAUAAACUAAUACCCCUCGACGAAUCCUUGGGAGGCUGCGUCACUGGAAUUGCUGCGGACUCGAUAUCCAUCAUUAAACAUCUGAGAUUGGAAUGUGCAAACCAUCGUCAUCUUUUCGGCACCACACCGAACGUUGGACGCAUAAUGUGGGAAUUGGGACGCAAGAUGCAAAUUCCGACACAAACAUAUGGAAAACGACCUUAUGGGGUUGCUUUACUUUUAGCUACUUAUGAUGAGAACGCUCAGGAGCCCAAAUUGUAUCAUGUUGGUCCUUCUUCAUCUGUGUUUGAAUGCCGGGCUUAUGCAAUAGGCAAACGAUCAAAAAAAGCUCGAGCUUUCUUAGAAAACUAUUUCCAAGCCGAGGACCUAAAAAGCAGCAACAAGCCUUUAGGAAUCCAAGAACUGCUAGAACUGGCCGUAGAGGCCCUAAAAGCGACUUUGGAAGGAUGUGAACCUAUACAAGCUAAAAAUUUGGCAGCAGCUGUUGUAGGAUACAGACAACCAUUCAGACUAUUAGCUGAUGAUCACAUGUACUCUUUGCUAAAACAACAAAAGGGUGCAGAAGAACCUCCGGCUGCAAAUAAUGCCGAUGAAAGUUCACCAAAGAAAGAGGAAUCACCACCAAAAUCCAUAUUGCUUGUGACAAAAAAACCGACGUCUCCUGAACCAAAUCUUUUCAGUAAAGAUUCCAAUGAACGCGAUGUGGUCAUGGAUAGAAUAGUUGCUAUCAUGGAAGAGCGUCGAGAGGAGGAACGUUUACGAAAAGAGUCUUUUAGAAAAAUAAUGGAAAGCUUUAAAUCUACUAAAUCAAGCACCAAAAAUGCAGAAACCCUCUCUAACCUGUCUAUGCUAUCAACUGGCGUUUGGCAAUCAUUUGCUGACAACAGCGAUGGUACUGGGACAUCUGGUGAUGGUGAUGAAAGUGCUUCGAACGUCACCAGAAAUACAGCUUCAGAUUUACCAGAUGAAGAAACAAAAACCAUGUCAUCUGCAGGAACUGGAAGUAGUACUUCAAAUCUCGAGUCUCGCACUGAAAAUUUUUUAACGUUUAUGAGAAAUAUUGUUUCAGAUUUACCAGAUAGCGAUGUUAUCAAGAGUAAUGAAGGUAUUUCUAGCAAAGCUGAAGAAUCAGCCAGUUUGCAUAUCACAAAAAGUGAUACUGACCAGUCUGAAGGUUUAUAUACCUUAAUAACAGACGCUGCAAAUAAAAAGGCUGGAGAAAAUCCAGAUAAGUCUAAAGGCCUUGGAUAUACUAGUGCAACUUCUACUUUUAGAUCUGAUCACGAUAGUACACAAGAUUCUAGUUCCACUGGUUUUAGGACAAAAGCUCUAAAACAAAUAAGACGAGUGGAUGAUGACUUUUUAGAUAUGAGUAAUAAGAAAAAUAUUGGUCCAGAUGAUACAACUUCUACAUCUCUUAAUAACAAAGGUAUUGCUGAUAUUUUGGCAAAGCAACAGGAUUCAGAGAGCGAUGCUGCAAAAAUAAAUUCUGGAAAAACUACAGAUGAAUCCAAAGGCUCUGGAGCACCACUUACCACAAUUGUCAGUUCUAGAAGUGCAACUUCUGAUUUCAAAACUGUUGACAAUAGUUUACAAGAUUGUAGUUCUACUAGUUUUAGGACAAACCUAGUGGAUGAUACAAUUUUGGACCUACACAGAAAAACAUUGGAGAGCACUAAGAAGACUCAAAAACAAGACAAGACCAAGUGUGAUAAAAGUGAUAUUGGUCCAAGUGAUCAAAAUAAAAAGUCUGGAGAAAAUCUAGAUGUAUCAAAAGGCCCUGGAGCAUCACUUGCGACAAUUGUCGGUUCUCGAAGCGCAACUUCUAAUUUCAAAACCGUCGACGAUAGUUUACAAGAUUCUAGUUCCACUGGUUUUAGGACAAACCCAGUAGCUGAUACAAUUUUGGACCUACACAGAAAAACAUUGGAGAGCGCUAAGAAGACUCAAAAACAAGACAAGACCAAGUAUGAUAAAAAUGAUAUUGGUCCAAGUGAUCAAAAUAAAAAGUCUAGAGAAAAUCCAGAUGAAUCCAAAGAUUCUGGAUCGUCACAGACCACAAUUGUUAGUUCAAACUCAAGACGUAGAAGUGCAACUUUUAGUUCCAAAAUCGAUGACAAUAGUUUACAAGGUUCUACUAGUUCUACUAGUUUUAGAUUAAACCCAGUGGAUGAUACAAUUUUAAAUCUACACAGGAAAACAUUGGAGAGCGCCAAGAAAAAACAAAAACAAGACAAGACCAAGUGUUAUAAAAAAGAUAUUGUUCCAAGUUCCAUAUCUCUUAAUGAGGAAGUUAUUGCGAGGAUUUUGGCUUUGGAUAAACCAAGAGUUGUAUUAAGAAGAAUCGAUAUUCCUAGUUGCAGAUCUGAAGAGAAUAGUUCUCAAAAAACAAUUGUCCCUGGCGCAAACACUUUAACACCAAAAGAACCAGUGCGUGGUACCAUUUUAGAUAGCAGAAAGAAACGAGACAAGACACAGAGUAAUGAAGAAGAUAUUGGUUCUUUUAAUGCAGAAGAUAUUGCGAAAAAUUUGGCAACAGUUGAGAGAGAUAUUGGCCCAAGAGUUGUAUUGAGAAGAAUCGAUAGUCCUACUUGCAGAUCAGAAAAAGAUAGUUCUCAAGAUUCAAUUUCCCCUGGCUUACGCGCACACACUUUAACCCCAAAAGGACCAGUGCAUGGUACAGUUUUAGAUAGCAGAAAGAAGGAAAAACGACACAAGACAAAGAAUGAAAAAUAUAUUGGUCCAAGUGAUCAAAUGUCUUCCACAGUUGAGAGAGAUAUGGAACCAAGUGAUCAAUUACCCUCUACAUCUAUUCAUGACGAAGAGUUUGCAAAUAUCUUGGCAAACCAGGCAAGAGUUCCAGGUCAAAUUGAAACUUUAAAGUUUCCAUGUCACGGUCUUAGGAAAAAAGGCAUGUACGUAAAACGUCUGCGUAGUUUUUAUAAAACUGCAGGAACUCAAACUAAAACAUAUGGUAAUAAUGCCACCACCCAGACUGAUUUUGGUAGAAAACAAGUAUCCAAAACUGUAACAUACUCACAACUAAAACAUGACAGAAAUAAGAGAAAUAAAAAAGAUAUGGGUGCUAGUGAUCAAAUGCUUUCCAUAAAUCUUGAUGACGUAGAUAUUUCCAGUAUUUUGGCAAAUCAACCAAAAGUUCUUGUGACGAAAAAUGAUUGGUGUCAUAGUGAUCACGAUUCAGAAGCUACUUUUAAGUUUUCACAGAUAAAAGAUAGUUGGCCUAGUUCUUCUGCAACUGAAGGUCAAUCUGGACAAAGUUUUGAUGAUACCAAAAGGCAUAUACUAGCACAAGCUGAUUCUGACGUAAUUUUAGUCGACAGUUUUACUACCACUACUCAAAAAGUUUCUAAAUCUAAUACAGACUCGCAACCGAAGGCUUCAAAAACAAAUAAAUCUACGACCAAAUCUGCUGAAGAAAGUCAAAGACAAUUGUCUAUUACAGAAACUCCUAAAACGAGGGAUCUUAAGACAAGAAGAAAACGUUUAUAUUCUGCAACUUCUGGUAUCACUUUUGAUGAUGAUAGUCCAGUUGAUGGUACAAUUUCAAAUCUGCACAGAAAAACUUUGGAGGAAACCAAAAACAAAGACAAAAACAAGAGUGAUAUGGGAGAUUUUGGUUCAAUAUGCUCCAGAUGUUUUUCCACAAGCUUGAGCAAAAAUUUUAACGAUGACGAUUCAGAAACUGAUUUUAAAUUCCCACAAGAUGUUGCCAGAGAAAAAGAUAGUUAUGGGAAACGUCUGCGUAGUUUUAGUGCAACUGCAAGUCAAACUGGACAAAGUGUUGAUGACACCCGAAGGCAGAACCAACCAAAAAGUGAUUCUGGAAAAAAGUUGAUCAGUGGUGGAAGAAAACGUUGUUCUACUGCUACCACCUCUACUCAAUCUAGUUCUGGACGCAAAUUUACAACAAAACUUCCCAAAUCUGAAGCCCAACCACUGGAUAAAUCCAAAACCAACCAAACUAAAUCUAUUAUUCCUCGGAAACGUAGUCAAUCCUAUCAACCAAUUUUAGGAACCCCCAAAACCAAAAAUCAUCCUUUAUUACCAUUGAGUCCUCCAUCGACAAGAAGUGGUAGAAAACGUUAUUUUUCUGCAACGAGCCCAAAGGAAAAAUCUUCGCCUCCUAGUUCUUCAAGAAAACUUGACUAUGUAAUAGUGGUGGAUGAUGACGACGAAGAUGGAUACAGGAUUGAUUAUGAGAAUGUACCAGUAGAGCAGGAAGAUUCACCAAAGGUAAGUGGUAGAAGAAGGGGUCGUAAACGGAAAGAUAAAGGAGGAGGUUGA